CGAGUGACAAUCCAAUCAGAAGCGAUUGUUUCUCUUCCGCAAAUUCAUUUUUGUUGCAUAUUUAUAUUCGGUUAUUUCUGUUAUUUUACUUUUAUCUGGAAGUUUUUGCAUUGUGUAGGAGUUCAAAGGAUUUUAUUUAUAAAUUAAAUAUAUUUUGGCCUUCAAAAAAAAAAAAACACAAUUAAUAUGGAUAAAUUACGACGUGUACUCAAUGGAAAUGAUUCCACCCCAGAAGAGGAGAGCAGUAUUAUUACACAGAUUAAUGAGAUGUCUACACUCAGCUGGUCGACUCGCAUCAAAGGCUUCUGCAUUUGCUUUGUGCUUGGCAUCGUACUUUCGUUUCUCGGCUCAUUGGCCCUCUUCCUGCACCGCGUUGUGGUAUUUGCGGUCUUCUAUACGGUUGGAAAUAUAAUAUCAAUGGCGAGUACUUGCUUUCUUAUGGGGCCAGUUAAUCAAAUCAAAAAAAUGUUCUCAUCCACACGUUUAAUAGCCACUUGCAUUGUGCUUGUAUCUAUUGUUAUGACUUUUAUAGCUGCUGUUGUGCUCCAUAAAGCCGGCCUGACUUUAAUUUUUAUCAUCAUUCAAUCAUUAGCAAUGACCUGGUAUUCACUCUCCUACAUCCCAUAUGCUCGCGAUGCCGUUAAGAAAACCGUAUCAGCUUGCAUUGAUGCGUAAAAACAGCAAGUUGUAUUAUGCUAGAACAUGUGUGUUGCUGUGUUUGCACCAUAGUAGUCUACUAUUGUUUAUAUACAUUUACGUAAUUUUCAUCCACUCAAUUUGCUAGCAUACCUAUACUAAGUUAUUUCUUUGUCUUAUUAAUUCAAUUGUAAUAAGUACUAUUUCCAAUUGAUUUUAAAUAACCUGUUAUUCCACAUUUAAAACUAAUGUUAACAUUUUUUAGUAUAAAAAAUUUAAAUCUACAUUUGUUAA